AGACAGAGAGGAACAAUGAUUUAAUAUGGAGAUCAAAAUGUAUUUAUUUCUGAUACUGAUGAUUACAGUUGCAGCAGCUGCAGGGCAACAAGCACCUGAGUUCCUGGUCAGAGUUGGUGAUGAAGUGACUUUGCCUUGUAAAGACGUGACUGAUGGUCAGAAUCAAUGUGACGGAACAACUUGGGUCUUAAUCCGUUCAAUGAAAACAGUGACGCUGUUUGAAGCUGGAAAGAUUAAUUUAACUACAUCAGACAGACUGAGUGUUACUGUUAACUGCUCUCUGGUCAUAAAGAAGGUCACCAUGGAGGAUGUUGGUCGUUACACCUGCAGCCAGUUAACAUCAGGACAACAAGGACCAAACUCUGUUUAUCUAACUGUUGUUCUCAUGACUGAACAGAAGAUCAAUAAUUCAUUCGUCUUAAGCUGCUCUGUGAUGGAUUAUGAAAUCCACAGACACACAGUGAAGUGGCUGCAUGAGGGGGAAGGAGAAACAUCCUCACAUAUAAAACUAUCACUGCCCUUCUAUCGUUCUGCUGCGGUACUGACAACUUCCCUUCAUCAAAACUCAACAUUUUUUAGCUCAACAAAAUGUAACGUCACAAAUAUCUCAACUAAAGAAGUUCAGCUGUUCACCUUCAGCCACCAUUCAACAGCUCAUAAAACAGAUCAUAAAACAGGUUGGACUUGGUGGCAUAUUGUUGUUUUUGUGGCUCCAACAGGCGUAUUAAUAAUCAUUCUGCUGUUCAUCAAAUGGAAGAAAACUAAAGGAAGUGAAAUCAAGAAGGAAGAAAACACGCAGGAACCAAUCUUACAACCUGAAGUCACAGUUUCGGAUCCAGAAACCAGUGAAGUUGUGGUUGAACCAGAGGGGUGUGUGUACUACGCCUCCGUCUGCUACACCAAUAAGGCCAAGAGGAAAUCACAGGUUCAUUCCUCCGUGGACAACUCUUCUCCUGAAGAUGCUGCUGCUCAAGAAGCAGUCUACGCCGUAGUCAAAAAAACAGAAACAGAUGAUGUUACUGCCUGAAACUGUUUAAAAAAAAAUAUUGGAUUUGGUUUUCCGAAAUGUUUGCUUUAGCCAAAAAACUAAACUAGAGCUAAUAUCAGCAUUUCACUAACCUGGCCAUUGCCUUGCAGUGCAAUUCUACUCGAUUCUCAUCUCCCUUCACUGUUCAGUCUGCGAUUUCUCCCAUUGAAGUGGAUUCCUCUAGUACAACUUUUACUAGGUCAAUCAGUGAACAGAAGGAAAAGUUAGGACCCUUGAUGUCAAUUUUCUGUUUUAUAAUUUCAGUCUGCCUUAAGUGUUAGCAAUGACAGGAACUUAACGAACUUAGGCAACUUAGCAAGUUAUAAUUUAAAUAACUUAGCAAGUUACAAUUUAAAUAACACAUACAUUGAAUUAAGAGCCACUGCAAUAAAUCAAUAUUUAUGAGGAAUUUUAUCAAGUGGAGUUGCUCAUUACAACUUGUUUUUAUUUAUAGCCUUAAAUUUUUGUAAAGGUGUAGCAGAGAUUCUAUCUGUGCCACUGAACCAAGCUCAUAUCUAAACAUUUAAAUUUUACUUUGACUUUUAUGGGUCUCAAUAUUUUGCUCACUGAGAAAAUCCCAUGUUUGAGUAUUACCACUUACUACUCAUUUUUGGCCUUGCAGGUUGAACACAUUGAAAACUUUUUAAACCACAUUUUACGUUACAUUUCACUGUAACUUUGCCGACCCCUCCAAAAUUGCUCUUAAAAAAUGUUCCUGUUUUUUGUCCCCCCAAUAUAGAAAUGAGAUUUCCUCCCUUAAAUAUGUUAAAAAGUCACCAGCUCAACAUAUUAAUUUUGUCAAUAUGAUGGUUUUUUAUUUGUUUGUUUGUUGUUGUUUUUGGUCUUACAUUAGAAGAUCAAAGUGAAACUAACUCGGGACUUUCAGACAUGGUGCUCAAAGUUUGAUUGGUUGUUGGACUUAAUGAGUCCGCCCCCACAGAUUCUGGUCAAAAUGGCUCUCAUGAAACCCAGGUAGAGCGAGUUGCUACUCUCAAGUAGAAAGAGUUGAUAUAAAGUUUUUGUCUUAUGUGCUAUAAGCAAUAUUUUAACAUGCUUGUAAU